AUGGCUUUCUAUGAAGGUUUGCUUGAUAAUUCAAAGAUCUUGGUGGAUGCUUCAUCGGGAGGGUCAUUCACGGUUUUGGAACCUACUCAAGCCGAGGAACUACUUGAAAAGAUUGCAACAAAUGGAACAACUUGGUAUUCGGAGAGAUCUUCACAAAGGCUUGUGGGAGGAUUUCAUGAUGUUGAUCGAAUAUCCGCCUUGUCGGCUAAGGUGGAUAAUAUGGCAUCCAUGGUUCAAAAGAUAGCUCAAAUCACUCUCCAAAAUCAAAAUAUGAGCUAUACUUCUACUACUCCCAAUUUUUCAAGGCAAAUCAUGAUGUGUGAAUUAUGUGGAGGAGAACACAAUAUGGGAGAAUGCUUAAAUGAUGAUAUGGGUUAUCAAUCUACUUUGGAGCAUGUUGAUUUGGUAGGAUACGGUAGGCAACAACAAUCAUUUCAACCUCAAGGGGUCUACAAUCCAAACGCACCAAGGAAUCAUCUCGGUUUUUCUUGGAGUAAUCUGAUGGGGGCUGCAAAUCCCCAAAACUUUGGUAAUAGAGGACCGCCACCGGGAUUCCAAGGGCAGCAAAAUUUUAGAGGUGGCCAACAACAACAAUCCAUGCCAAAUCAAGGAUUCCAAGCCCCGACUACUCAACCAAGGCAAUCUUCAGAAAAUUCACCUCCACCAAAUUGGGAAGCCAUGAUGGAAAUGAUGUUUAAAUCUCAAAUGAAGAGUGACGAGAGGUUUAGGCAAUUGACAGAGAAGUUGGAUCAAUUGGGUGCUCAUAACAAAAUGUUGGAAAGACAAAUUGCAAACCAAGCUUCUACUUCUAGUACUCAAGUCACAGGUAAGUUGCCCGCUUACCCUGAAAAUCCAAGGGAACAUGUCAAUGCCAUUAUAACAAGAAGUGGAAAGGAACUUGAGGAACCAUCUUUCCAAAUUGAAAAGCCAAUGCCAAGAGGAAGGAGUAAUGGAGAAAUUGAAGAAGAAGUUGAAAAAGAGGAAGCUACCCCUCCCACUUCUAUCCCAAAUCAACGAGUUCAUAACAAAGAUGAUGGAGUGAAGCCGGAGAGGAAAUAUGUACCACCUUUGCCAUUUCCUCAAAAAUUUCAAUGUCAAGCCAAAGAGAGUAGAUGGAAGAAAUUCUUGAAUUUGGUUGAAAAUUUGAAUGUGUCUAUCCCUUUGCUUGAUUUACUCACUCAAGUGCCUUCUUACGGCAAGUUUUUAAGGGAGAUUCUCUCGAGAAAAAGAAAACUUGGUACUCAAGAGAUGAUUGCUAUGACACAAGAGUACCGGACCCUAAUACAUGAUGAAGGAAAGUUUCCUACCAAGCUAAGGGAUCCCGGGAGUUUCACUAUCCCAUGUGUCAUUGGAGGGUUCACCAUAAAUAGAUCACUUUGUGAUCUAGGAGCAGGUGUUAAUGUAAUGCCUCUAUCUCUUUGCAAAAGGUUAAAUUUGGGAGAGCCAAAGCCGGUUCAACUCACACUUGAAUUUGCCGAUCGGUCAACCAAAAGCCCUAUUGGAAUACUUGAGGAUGUCCCGGUUCGAGUAGAUAAAUAUUUUGUGCCUUGUGAUUUUGUUGUUAUGGAUAUUAGAGAAGAUCCGUAUAUUCCAAUCAUAUUAGGGCGGCCUUUCUUAGCUACAACUGGAGCUAUAAUUGAUGCAAGGAAGGGAUCAAUAAUUUUUGACUUUGGAGAAGAGAAAGUAGCAUUUAAUGUUUUUGAUGAGCCUAAAUCUCCUUUUGUUGAAAAAUGUUAUCGGGUUGAUGAGGUUGGUAACAAGAGAUUGGAGAAGGGUGAAGAGUUUGAUGCUCUUGAUGAGAGAACUUUUGAUGAGCAUAAAAAGUUUAAAAAAAUUUUACAUGAGGAAGUUGGUGAUGUUGCACUUUUGGAGAAAGAAUCUAAGGUGAGAAAAAUUGAAGAAUAUGAAUUUUUGUUUGAAGAUGGAGGCCAAGUUCUACAAAAUAAGGGUAAAGAUUGGGCAAACAAUUCUAAAUUGAAGGCAUUGAUAGAAGAAUACCCUAUGGCUUUCAAGAGUUUUGUUGAGCGCUUCAUCGAGGCUAGGAAUUGGAAAUGCCUCGAAAAUCAUCCAGGAUGA